UGCCAAAGCAAAGGCGGAAGUCGGUCUAUUUUGCCUCUCGCCUUUACUCUUCGGUCGACGCUGAUUGGACGGCGCGGAGGUGGGGGGCGGGGUGUGCGGCAGACGAACAGGCAGCGAUCUCUGGAUCUGGAGGAGAGCAGCAGAGAGGGAGACACAGGCUGCAUCCGUCCGUCCAUCCUCACCACCUGCACCGUGUGAUCGCUGUCAGUGUUCUGUGCUGCGAUGUUGAUCCUGGACGUUUUGUCCCCGCUGCUCCUCCUCUCCAUCGUGUUGCCGGGCUACGGUUGCUGGGCGGCGGACAUUCCCGAGGACACCACAGCGGAGUUCUCGGUCCGACUGUACCACCAGCUUCAGGUGGCGGGGGGACAGGAAAACAUCAUCUUUUCCCCGCUGAGCGUGGCUGUGGCCAUGGGCAUGGUGGAGCUGGGGGCCAGAGGGGCUUCGCUGGAGGAGAUCCGACAGGCUGUCGGAUUCAGUCACCUGCUGCCAGGUGUGGAGUUCUCUUUGCUCCAGAACCUCACAGCGGGGCUGCUGGACGAAGACGCCCGCUACGUGAUCCGAUUGGCCAACAGCCUCUUCCUGCAGGAGGGCAUCACUUUCAACCCGGAGUUCCUGCACCUGAUGAGGAAGUAUUUCCGUGCUGACGUGGAAAUGGUCGACUUCAGCGAAUCAGCCGCCGUGGCCGAUCAGAUCAACACCUGGGUGGAGAAUCACACAGAGAGUCAGAUCCGCGAGCUGCUGUCCGCCGAAGACUUCAGCAGCGUGACCCGUCUGACCCUGGUGAACGCCAUCUACUUCAGAGGCUCCUGGAAAAACCAGUUCAGACCGGAGAACACCAGAACCUUCUCCUUCAGCAGAGACGACGGCUCCGAAGUCCAGACGCUCAUGAUGUACCAACAGGGCGACUUCUCCUACGGUGAGUUCAGCGAUGGCUCUCAGGAGGCUGGUGGUGUGUACCAGGUACUGGAGAUGCCCUAUGAAGGAGAGGACAUGUCCAUGAUGAUCGUCCUGCCUCGACAGGAGGUGCCGCUGGCCACACUGGAGCCAAUCAUCAAAGCAUCGCUGCUGGAGGAGUGGGCCAACAACGUCAAACGGCAGAAGGUGGAAGUUUACCUACCUAGGUUCAAAGUGGAGCAGAAGAUCGACCUGAGGAGCACUCUGCAGGAGCUGGGAAUCAAGAAAAUCUUCACCAGCGAUGCUGAUCUCUCCGCCAUGACAGAUGGUAAAGACCUGUACAUUGGGAAGGCAGUGCAGAAGGCCUACCUGGAGGUGACUGAGGAGGGGGCUGAGGGAGCUGUGGGCUCAGGAAUGAUCGCCCUGACCAGGACUCUGGUGCUGUACCCGCAGGUCAUGGCUGAUCACCCAUUCUUCUUUGUCAUCAGGAGUAGAAAGACAGGGUCCAUCCUCUUCAUGGGCAGGGUCAUGACCCCGGAAGUCAUCGGGCUCAAUGACAAUGACUUUGACUCCAUGUAACCACGAUUGUGAGGAGCUCUGCUGCCCGGGGAAGGCAAUGUCCUGCCAAGGCGUCUCGGAGCGGGUUCAGGCCUGUGGCAUCACCUAGCUACCAGACACCGACACACACACACACACACACACACACAUAUACACACGCACACAGGAAAAACAGAUCAUAUGUCUAAAGCAAGGCAAGGAUAUAUACUUUGAGCAAGGGCGAAUGAGACCUGAAUGUCGAUUCUGUUGCUUCAUAUGAAAAAGAAAAUACACAGGAGAACAUGUACAAACAUUUAUUUGAAUUCUUUUUAUUAGGAAAUAUUGUGGCCUAGUUCAUCUUAUUGUUAAAUCAACAGCUCAUGAAAAAGAGAUAUGCAUAAGGUUUAAUGUAGUAGGUAUAAUGUGCCUAAUAAUAAGCAGUAGAUGGAGGUAGAACACAGAGGAAUCUAACAAUAUUGUCCUUGUACAUUUGAUGAUGAGGUGAUUUAUUGAGCUGUUGAUCUCUAUGUCAUGUUUCAAAUAAAUAACAAUUAAAUGUGUUAUGCUAGCUAACAUACACAAUAAAGGCCUACAUAAUAAAUCUUACAAAACAACAUAAUUUAUAAAUAAUAAUAAUAUAUUUUAGAAACAUCUUAAUAUAUAAAUGGUUCUAACACAUGUGUUUUUCUUUAUAUAGAAAUGUUAAAAACUUGAAUAUUACAAGUUCACAGAAUUGUGAAAUGAACAGCGCUUCAGUAAAUGUACUUAGUUACUUUCCCCCUCUGCUGUGACCUGCCAGAUUGGUUUAAAACAACUGUUCCAUUACAUAUUCAUAUCACAACUAACAGACAUAGUGCUGCCUGCACAGCACUGCUGUGGUAAUUACUAUAUAAAUAUAUCAGUAAAUAAAACGGGACAACAACAUCCUCAGCAGAUGUUUGUGCAAUUACUCAGUGCAAUGAACACAAAAGCACCAAAAAACGUCCCUGUCUUCAGCGGAUAUUUAAUAGAAACACUAUUUAUCUUUGUCCCACAGAUUAUAAGACAGCCAAACAAGUGAGAUGAUUUUCAUAUUAAACAACAAAGGCAAAAAUGCACUAUAUUUUAUGACUGCAAAUGAUGAGUCAGUCCGGAAAUCAGCCGAUAGUUACGUCCUCCACACAAAGUCAGAGGACUUCGUUCGCACAGUCUCCCGCAGCUCCCGAGGUUUUCAUUUACCUCUAUCAAUGAUCUAAUAGCUUUUUUAUCACUUCAGUGUUUUUCAGAGUCGCAGUGUCUUCUGCACAAUGAGCGGCGCUGAAGAAGAACGACAGCCCGUGGGUGUGGGAGGUUAUUUAUAAUCUGAAUUACCCUCACCGGCUGCUAUGAUAGCGGCGCCUUAUGUCUUCAUUGUGAGCCACUGAAAGUCUGAAUCCGCCGUAUCUCUCCUCCUGCCCAGCAUAACAAGAGACGACCAAUCAAGCAGAACCAACGAGAGUAGACAAACACUUUUUCUCUACCUGUCCCAUAAAUUCCAUUAACUUACAAUAUAUGAAGUAGUUAUUA